CUGAUUUCCCUCCGCUGCGUGUUUAUCAGUCGGAUCGCGAUUAUACUAACGGUACAAAAUGUUCCUGUCCAAGGGUGUCAGGCAUUUUUUAUCGCCCCAUAUUCGUGUUUAUUUUCUACCGAAUAUCAAUGUUAUCAAUCGUGAUGUGAUUAUUGCAAAGACUAGAUUUCUUGGACUGCCACCAAGUUUUCACAGUUCGUGUAAAUUAGAAGUAAAAAAAUUCUCGGACAGCGAGAAUGAUUUCGCACGCGAAAUCCUGCAACAGAAUGCUGCCGGUAUUGCUGUCAAAACGCUACAAUCUUCAGCGACAAACAAUUCGGAGCAACCAGAAUUCCAGCAAAUAACCGAUUGGCAUUCGCUGAGCGGACAAGAUCUGUUGAUUCAAUUUGGUCAAGUGGUAGAAAUUUGUCGACAGAACGAAAUUUGCAUCUCCGACCGUCGAUUUGAUCAGUUUGUCGAAGCGUUGGUGAACCGGAUUGCUAGUUUCAGUGAUGAACAACUGAUUGAAUCUCUGCGUCUGUUGGUUGAGCUUGGCCCAACACCGGCUGUUAAUACGAGGAACUUUUUGGACAUUUGGAAAGCACUGGACCAAGUUUGUUUGAAACGGAUAACAACCUGGAAAACGGACGAGCUGCUACAUAUGGCGGAUCAGUGGUAUCCGUUGCGGUUGUCCAAGAUUGGACGAUUUGUGCACAAAGCAGUUUGGAAGAUAAGCACCCGGCUGCGGAAGCUGAAUAAGGAUCAGCUGUUACGAACGGUGUUUUAUAUUAAUUUGACACGAACCCCAGUGGAAAAUAUGGUUGAUAUUGAAAUCAGUUUGAAGCAGAACUUUUUCCUGUACGGGGUUGACGAUGUGGCGGUCCUGUGCAUGGGAUUCUUCAAAACGGAGACACCAGUGCGAAGCGUGGAGCUGAUCGAGAGGAUCUAUCAGUUAACCAUUCAAAACGCUAAAGAAGUGAAAGAUAUUAGUUUAACUGCGAUUUUGAAACUUCUACGGUACUCGUCGAGGAUCCCGAAUGUGCAGUCGAUGGAUCGACUUCUUACAGCAUUAACUCCGGAAAUACCAAGAUUAUCCCUUUUAGCUUGCCUUCACCUAGCUCUACUGGGCACUGAUGUUCACUUAUGUCAUCAGCCUAGCCUGCAAGCAAUUUUUGAGCGAUUUUUGAAUGACAUCAAACUGCUACGCCUGAAGGACAUGGAGCGCAUUGCUUUCGUUGCUACUCACUACAAUAUGGACCUUCCGGGGCAAAUCGAUAGGAAAUUGCUUCAAGCAAUUCUGGAAGAGCUGCCGAACCGUGUUAAGGAGAUAACUGACUAUCCGAAAUGCUAUCUCGCUCUGCUAAAUUUUCUUUCCCUCAAGGAGGUAUACAGCGAGCAACUGAUUAGGGCAGCGUUUGAGCCUCGUUUCCUGGCAUUGGCUUAUGGUCGAAAUAUCACCGCCGCGGGUAGGGAAGUUGUUGCAUUGGACGCAUUCCUGCGUAUCAAUUUGCGUGAUAAAAACUACCAGGGCAACUAUUUCCCGGAAAAACCUUUCAAAAUUAUCUCGAAACUAAAGCAGGACUAUGUGCCAAGUUUAGAGUACCGGUUGACCAAAUCGGAUAGAAUGCUGUUGGAGAUUCAGCAGGCCUUCCAAAGGCGACAUGAAUUUGCUCACAUCAUUCAUGUGUUGCCGCAUUAUCAGCGUCCAGAUGUGAUUAUGCUGUGGGAUGGUGAAAAAAGCCAAUUUUUGGAUGUGUGCGCGAAAUGUCCACCGCAGUACUCCGGCGUUAUUUUGAGCAGGGAACAUCUGCUGGCAGAUGAGGUAGGAAAUGAAAAUCUUCGACUGAUUGCAAUUGUUGCCGGAUCGUGGAAUUGCUACGUUCGGGAUCAGAAUCGAAUUACUGGUGGAUUCGCCAUGAAGCUGAAGCAGUUGGGCUUGAUUGGGUUUGAAACGGUUGUGAUACCCUGGUACGAAUGGCCAAUGAAUACGAUUCACGCAAAAGAGUCCUACCUCUUCAACAAGAUUGAUAAGCAGUUGGUACAACGGUGAAAAAUGUGCAUUCAACUAGUCUCUUGUAAGUAAAAUAUAUUCUAUUA